AUGACUGGAGCACGGUUCGGAGCUGGCACGGACGCAGCUGUGGGUGUAAAAAUUUAUGGGACAUCGAAUGAUGGUCGAAGACACGUUUUGACAAGUAAAACACACGAGGUCAUGGGUACAAGAGGAGAGGACUGGUUUUUGAUCUACGAAGCUGAAUCUCUUGGAGAAAUAUCUUGUUUGGACAUCUGGCAUGACAAUGCAGGAGCCAGACCUCACUGGUUUUGUGAUUCUAUAAUUAUUUAUGAUUUACACCAUAAGAACUGCUACUAUUUCCUAGUAAAUGACUGGAUCACUUUAAGUUCAAAGAGGUUCCCUCAGGCGAGUUUAUUACCAUCAACAUAUUCUGCAAUAAAGAGUCCACCGAGAGUAUUCCUGGACUACUUAAAGUUGGAGUUUCAUCUCUCCCAUGUUUGGCUCGCCACAGUCACAAGACAUGCGAGAGACCCAGUUACUCGGGUAGACAGACUAGCUAUCAUCGUGUCUUACACAGUUGUAUCAAUGGCUGCUAGCAUAACACUUAUCAACAUGUACGACGAGGCUUUGGAAAUAGACGAGUUCUCUUAUUCUUUGACAUGGUUGAUGGUGGAAAUGGGCAUGUAUACCUGUAUCAUUGCAGCUAUUGUAGCAUUUGUAUUGAUGCAUUUGUUUAGAAAGAUAUACAAGAUAAUAUUUUACAUAGAAACACACGGAGAAGGUAAAGCAAAUACGAAAAGAGUCACUAGAAUAAGUAUACAUGAGGAUUAUUUGUGUUCGCCCUCGACUAUGUCGCUGACUGAAGACAAGACUUAUAUUCACUACGGCCGGAGACAUCAACUAGAGACUGGGGUUCUGAAGAAGAGGACAUUGUGUGAAUCUGUUAAUUUGAUGUUGAUGCCGAAGCCAUUAGUUCCUGUCCGGCUGGAAAGAGAUGAUCCUAACGUUGUUAUUGAUAAGAUUUGGUUAUACACAUCUUGGAUUACAGUUUCCUUAAUCACACUGGGUUGCUUAACAAUGAGUAUUCUUUUAUCAAAAAACCUUCCUCCUGUAAAGACUGAAAAGUGGUUAACAGUUGUGGCUCUUUCAAUAAUAUUCCAUGUGUUUAUUUUGUUACCUUUAAAAAUUAUAUGUAUUUCAGCUCUGUUAGCAGUCUUCUUCAAACGCAUAAUUUACAAGGACGUUUACACCUUUGACCCUUCAGAAGGCAAACAGACAAAUUUAUUUGGAAAUGUUAAAUACUUGUCUAAUCUCGUACACCUACGAUCUCAACCCACUUAUCGAUCACUGAAUGAAGUCUUCCAUGAAGAACACAGACAGAAGAUGCUAAGGACUGGCAGGCUUCAAAGGUUGUACCAACUAUUAGUACAGUUGUUGUUCCUCAUAGUGCUCGGUGCGAUACUAACGUCAAAUAUGUCCAUUGUUUACCAAACCAAUGCACAUCUGCGCACUUUGAUGGGUGAUUUUGACAAAGUUCACAACACAUCGGACUACUACUCCUACUUGCAGGAACACUGCGAGCCUUAUCUUUUUAGGUACUCUUGGUACAACUACAUACCUCUUAGUCGAGAAUCUGAACUGAAGUACUUUAGACAAGACUGGUUGCAUGACAGUGUCAGUAGGAUGAUUGAGAAGUUUCGACUGAGACAGUUUAGAGUGAAACCGAAAUAUUGCAAAACGUACUUGAAUUCGUCAAAGGACUGUGCAGCUCCAUUCGGUAGAGGAUCUGAAGACACAAAUGAUUAUAUUCCGUACUGGCUGAGACGUGGAGAUCUAAAUGAAACAGACGAAUGGCUUGGGAUUGAACUACUGGGUAACUGGUCCUACACCAGGCCUCUAGACGAUCCAAACUUCAGUUUCAACGGUGAAACAGGAUUGACUUACACGAGUGGAGGGUACAAACGGGAUCUUAAGGCGUCUAGAGAAGACUUUAGCGCGUCUUUGAACAAAUUGUUGCGGAAGGGAUGGCUGGGACAUUACACCAGAGCGGUCCUUGCUCAGAUCAAGGUGUACAACACCAACACACGUCUGUUCUCGGAGGUUACAUUGAUUGCAGAACACACAGUCACAGGGCAGAUCCUGCCUAAAACAGUGGUCCACUCGGUUGACCCUAAUCUGCAACUGGACUGGUGGCUCACAGUGUUCAUCUUAAUGGUGUUUAUGCUCUGCGUCAGAAUCGUCAUGCUGACAAACUUUGUCGGAGUGUUGGCUCUGUUUAAGAACUGGCAUCGCGUGCACGAGCUGCUGAUGACAGUCAACGGUUUGGCUGUGCUUGUCUAUUUGUUGCUUCAUCAACUUACCGCUCUUCAUUACGUCACCGAGUAUCAACUGCACGCUGACGAACUCAACUCCUUCGACUUCUACAAGAUCACGCAUUAUUAUUUUACUACAAGAGCGUUACUUUGCACCUUGUAUAUUUUGAUUUUGCUUCGUUUCUACUCAUUUUGGAGAUUCGGACGGACAGUGUUCAGAUUCUUCUUAACUGGUCUUCGUUCCUUUAUGCACAUAUACUGGAUAUUUGUAACAUUCAUGUUGUUUCAACUGCUAACAUUCCCUGUGAAGUACAUCUCGACUAACAUCAUCAAUGUGUAUUCCACCUCAAACAUGUUCUACAUAAUAUACAACUAUCCAUACUUCCCCUGCAGUACCGAAGUGAACGGAUUGUACGUGUUAUGUUACAUGUUGAGUCGCAGCAGUGUUGUUGCUAUGGCGAUGUUUGUUUGUGUUUUUGUGCACCAUUACAAGUCAGUCAGGUAUGAGUUAAUGACGUUGCAUGAUGACAAUCAUUUUUACACUUUAUAUCAAGAGAUCAAGAGGAUACUGUCCCUCCCAGUGAUUCGGGUGACGCACAAACUCACAGAUACGAUGGUGGCCAGACAUGAAGCGAGAAAACAAAAAUUGAUCAGUGAAAUUCAAUCUCAAAUGCAAUCCCAAGCCUAUUGA